GCCCGGGCACCCGGCGCGUCCCUGUCACUAGAACCCGCCGUGUCUCCGCCCCGCCUCUCCGCGUCCGAGGUCCUUUAUGGGACGUUUUUGCACCUGCGGUGUCUCCAGCGCCAGCGCGGGGGGAAGGCUGGCGCGUCGGAGCGUUCGGACCGGCCGAGGGGACGGGAGUGCGUCCUCGUCUCGCUGGAUGUUUUGUUUACUCAGGAUUUCCGAAUAUUUUUUCAGCUCUUUUGAAGUAGUGUUUUCAAGUUUGUGUCUAGCUGCGUAAACAGGUAGCUAAGGAAGUGCAUAAGGCUGUUGUGUUUGAAGUUAUUUUGACGUCCUUCUGUGAUGUAGCACUAAUCUCAGAUUUAAAACCCGAGGACUCAUCUCCCCAGCGAGAAAGUUGCUAACCGCUCUGAGGAAGUUAGGGCCUUGGAGUUACACGUAGACAAUUGAUAUUACAGUGUUUGGCGGUGAAAACCGAGCCAUCUGAAGGGCUUUGAAGUGUUAUUGAGUCCGGAAUUUGAUUUUUCCGUGUAAAAUACCUUAAACGUGUAAGGUGUGCAACAGAGGAACAUGGCUCAAGAAACUAAUCACAGCCAAGUGCCUAUGCUUUGUUCCACUGGCUGCGGAUUUUAUGGAAAUCCUCGUACAAAUGGCAUGUGUUCCGUAUGCUAUAAAGAACAUCUUCAAAGGCAGAAUAGUAGUAAUGGUAGAAUAAGCCCACCUGCAACUUCUGUCAGUAGUCUGUCUGAGUCUUUACCAGUUCAGUGCACAGAUGGCAGUGUCCCAGAAGCCCAGUCAUCAUUAGACUUUACGUCUUCAUCUAUGCAGCCAAGCCCUGUAUCAAAUCAGUCCCUUUUAUCAGAAUCUGUAGCAUCUUCCCAAGUGGACAGCACAUCUCUGGACAAAGCAGCACCUGAAACAGAAGAUCUCCAAGGACCCAGAGCAGAGGGCCUUGUUCCUCUUGAAUGUGAUCCUCCAUCUUCAGUACCAGAUACCGCACAGCAGCCAUCCGAAGAGCAAAACAAGUCACUUGAGAAACCAAAACAAAAAAAGAAUCGCUGUUUCAUGUGCAGGAAGAAAGUGGGACUUACUGGGUUUGAAUGCCGGUGUGGAAAUGUUUACUGUGGUGUACACCGUUACUCAGAUGUGCACAAUUGCUCUUACAAUUACAAAGCUGAUGCUGCUGAGAAAAUCAGAAAAGAAAACCCAGUAGUUGUUGGUGAAAAGAUCCAGAAGAUUUGAACUCCUGCUGGAAUACAAAAUCCUUUGACCAUCUGCAAACUAAAAAUUGACUUGAGCUUUUUUUCCUAGUCAUUGGGAAUGUAGAGCAAUGUAUCUUGCAUAGACCUUUAAUCAUGCAUGUCAUCAGAAGAAUAGAUUUUUCUUUUUGUUUUGAAAAUGACUCUGAACUUUUAUUUCCAUUGCAGUUUCUGUGGCUAAAAAGACUUAAGUAAACUUUACAAGUAUUAUCCUUUUAAGAUCAUUUUAAUUUUAGUUGAGUGCAGAGGGCUUUUUAUAACAAACGUGGAGAAAUUUUGGAGGGCUGUGAUUUUUUCAGUAUUAAACAUGCAUGCGUUAAUCUUGCAGUUUAUUUUCUCAUUGUGUAUGUAUAUAUAGCUUUUCUCUGCAGCACGAUUUCUCUUUUGAUAAUGCCCCUUAGGGCACAACUAGUUAUCAGUAACUGAAUGUAUCUUAAUCAUUAUGGCUGCUUCUGUUUUUUCAUUAACAAAGGUUAUACAUAUGUUAGCAUAUAGUUUCUUUGCACCCACUAUUUAUGUCUGAAUCAUUUGUCACAAGAAAGUGUGUGCUGAUGAGAUUCUAAGUUUGUGUGGUUUAAUUUUUUUUUUUUUUUUUUUUUUUUUGAGCAAGGGAAGGAAAAGCUGUUUGCAUUUCAUUGCUGACUGCAGGUUUCUUUCAGAAUACGUUCAUCAGUCUACGUGUAUACAGUAUGAAGAAUGAUCUGAAGUAAUUGUGCUGUAUUUAUGUUUAUCCACCAGUCUUUGAUUAAAUAAAAAGGAAAACCAGAA